AAAUUUGAUAAACAUAUUCAACUAAUUGGCACAUCAAUUUACAUGAACAUUUUCACACAUUAAUUGCAUCCAAAUUUGAUAAUUUUAAAAGUCUCUAAGUGAGGGAAGACAAAUAUGUUGUAUAGAUAGAGGAAUAUGGUUAUCCAAUGAUUCUUAGAGCCGCACUCCCAUUUUAAACACUUUCAUAAAUUCUAAAACAAAGACAUCGAAGAUGCCGGCAGUGAUUCUUCCAUUUGUCUGAAUUUUCGCUUCUAACAAAGUGUCCUCUUAUUUGUUCUUAAAAGCACCACACAUCCGCUACCACUCCAGCAAGUCUCCAUUACCAUUCAUUCCAUAUCCAGAGAACAAGUUUCUAUAAAAAAAAAAAAAAAAAAAAAAAAAGAAGAAGAAGAAAUUAAACUCCACCAUGAACAAUGGCAAUGGCAGCAAAAACAGAUGGAUGAUGGGUCUUCAUUCAAAGGGUCGAAAGGAAAGAGACAAUGAAGAUCUCCAUCUGUUCCGAGAGCUUUAUAAGCGCGACAAGGAACGUACCGCCUCCCUCCUCCUUCUUCCCGUUGAUGACCUUGAACACAACCAUGGUGGGAAUUCUCCAUUCUACAGAAUUCAUUCAAUCAAGAAAGAAUCUGGAUUAGGACACCUUUUCGAAAGCAACAAAAACGACUAUGAUUGGCUUAAAACACCACCAGCAACUCCUUUAUUUCCAUCUUUGGAAAUGGAAGCCACUGCUCCUCCUUCACAUAAUGCUCAUCAAGAGACGCCACUUCUCCAGCCUCUCUCACAACCACAGUCACAGGCUUCAAGCAAUUCAGAAUCAACAAAGAAAAGCAGUGGAAUUGAGAAAUCUCCAAUCAUAAAAGCAAAAGUACCAUCCAGGUCCACCACUCCCAGUCAUCGACCACGCAUCAAUUCAUCCAUUGAUCCCAAAAACACCAAAAGAACCACAAACCCAUCUCCAAACCCAAGCCAGAGAAUCGAUCAGACAUCGCAAAUAGACUCCACAAUCAAAAGAAACAACAACAUGAAACCCACAAACGUUAAAGAAAGUUACACAGAUUACCUAACAUCAAACCUCUCGAAAGGAUCAACAAACAGUGUAAAGCCAAACCCAAACCAAAACCCAAAUCCAAGAAGUAGAACUACAUCCCCAAUUGUGAGAUCGACAAUAGCAUCUCAAAUUCCAGAGUUCUCAAACGAAACACCUCCAAAUUUAAGGACCGACAGAUCGAGCUCGGUGACGAGAGGGCGGCAACCAGGAAACGUGGAGAAAUCAGAGACGAACCCGAGAAGGCAAUCGUGCUCGCCGAGCGUGACGAGGGGGCGGAAAGUGGAGGCGGCGAAACAGGAAAAGAACAGAGGAGGAAACUUGAGCAAUGAUCAGAGAAGAACUGAAUCGACGAACAUUCUUGGAAGUAGAAUGGUUGAGAGAGUGAUGAACGCGCGAAAAGGAAUUGGAAAUGAGCAGAGAGAUUCCAAGCCGUCGAGACGAAGCGGAAUCGGAGAAUUCAGGCAAACGAUUCGUCAGAAAUAAGGUUGGGAGAAAUAAUCAGUUCUACAUCACAAGGAUGUUCAACAAGAAAUGCAAAGAUCAAUGUGAUUUUCUAAAGAAAGUUCAAAUACGAUGACAACUUUUAUAUAAAGUCAAACGUUGUAUUGUAGUGUGGUCGAUGUGUAAAAUAUUGUACUUUGUUAUACAUAAUCUCUUACAUUUACAUUUUGUUAGUAUUAUUAUGUUUACUUA